AUGGGGUUGAAGGUCUUGCGCGGUAGUGGUGGAACAUUGACACUAGCCCUGCUAUCCACGGCCUUUUCACCUAUUAGGAAGAAGAAAUUCGCCAGCCCAUAUCGAAUUCUCACUGAAAAUCUUCGAAUGCGUAAAGCAAGUUUAGAAGUCGAUUGGGCUUUUAAUCUUCUCUUCUCUCAUUACUAUCUUACUCAAGAGCAACAAAAAUCUAAUGCCAAGUAA